AGCGCAUGCGCACCAACCUCUUCUCAAGCUUCUUUUCGAAGUGAUACUUUUUCAUUGGUGGUUAUUAUUAGACAUUUUCCUCACAGUUAUAACUGGACCGGAAGCAGCAUGGUAUAAAUUCAGUCAACAUUCAAUGAUGGCAGGCACGAAAAAUUCCACUACCACCGAGAAAUCAAUUCGGAAGAAAACAGCAGCCAUCCUGAGUGAUCAUAAAAAUGCCAAUUUGUUGCUGGACAUUUUGAGUUUUAAUCAGAGUGAUGACAGUGUGGUGAUAAGUGCCAGCUGCAAAGCCCUGGGGGACAUUUUCGCACACUUCUUGUCUCAAAAACAGUUUUUGGAUCCCGGAAAGACGACUGUAGCUGAGGAAGAUUUAAGCAAAGAGGACCAGUUCUCAUCAUGGCUACAGGAGCAGUUCACAACAACGUGUGAUGUUCUGUGUGACAAUUUGAACCAUGAUCAAUCUACAGUACAGAUUUCUGCGAUGGACGCUCUUGUUACCACCCUUCAAGCGGAGAAAAGUCACUCUACACAAGGCUUAUGUGGCAAACUUAUUCAGAAUGUAAUGAAUCAACUACUCAGCACUGAGCAGGACCAGGCCCAGCUGAUUGAACUACUCCCACUUCUUCUGAGUGUCUGGGAGGGCAGCACGGAGGUCACAGCAUGUUGUCUGGCACACUUGAAGGCUUGCAUAAAGACACUGGACUCGACGCCAUCUGACAUCUUUCUUUUCAACUGCUGGAGGAUAAUUAAGCAGAUCGCAGAACAAGAAAUAGAUGACAAGUCAAAGAAAAUGCUCACUGCUGUUGUCUGUCAGUUCCUGAAGCAUAAGAUGCCAACGGGUUUGUACAGAGAAAUCUUGACUGGGAUUUCAUCAAUAAUGGAGAAAAUGUCGACUCCCAUACGACUGGCUGACUUCCUGUCGGAGUCUUUCAACAUAGGUGGCGCUAUCAGUCUGAUGAGUUUACACGGGCUCUUCAUUCUCAUGCACAAGUUUAACUUAGACUACCCUGACUUUUACAAGAAAAUGUAUUCAAUGUUUGAGCCCCAAGUGUUUGGUGCGAAAUACAGAGCAAGGUUCUUCCACUUGGCAGACACAUUUUUAUCAUCCACACAUCUUCCCUCAUACCUGAUAGCAGCUUUCGCCAAGCGUCUGUCUCGUAUGUGCCUGCAUGCUCCUGCCUCAGGGGCUCACAUUGCCGUUCCUUUUGUCCUGAACCUGAUCAGCCGGCAUCCAGCGUGUGAAGUACUUCUGCACCGAGUCUCUGGCGCUGAAGUUCUUGACAGUGACCCAUACCUGGAAGAUGAAGAAGAUAUGUCAAAAUGCCGAGCUUUAGACAGCUGUCUGUGGGAGCUUCAGACACUCGAGCGGCACUAUGACCCAACUUUGUCCCAAAAAGCCAAGAAACGACAGAUUCAGGAAGAAGAUUUGUCUGUCAUCUUGGACAACACAAGCAGUGACAUCAUCUCAUCAGAGGCAAAGAAAAUCAAAGGAGAAGUGCCUAUGACGUUCAUAAAACCCAGUGGAUUGGAAAUGCCGGAAACUUUUGUUCUUUAGUUCACAUAUGUAAAAUAAAUUAUUUACCAGAAAAACAAAA